GAUCGUGCGGGGACGUGCCAGUGCCUCCGCUGCUUCGCGCCUCGAAUCAUCCGGAGAUCUCCUCCGAUCUAUUGUAUAUACCUCUAUACAUAUAGACAUCUCGAUACAGCAACGCACGGAGGAAGGACCAUGGAUCAGUGGAGGCAGCUUUGACCGUAGGAUAGGUUCGUAGAUAACGUUCUCAAGCUUAAAAGAAGUGAACAAUGCCAAAAGACGCGCCGACGAGGAUAGCCGCGGUGGAGUACGUCUUCGCCGACGGCAACGCCUCGAAGAGCUGCGCCAAGGACGAUCGUCAACUCGCCGCGUCUCACGACGAUGACGACGGGACCAAAGCCGAUGACGAACCCGAACGCGGGUCGUGGGCCAGUAAAACCGAGUUCUUACUAUCUUGUGCCGGAUACGCGAUCGGUAUCGGUAACGUCUGGAGAUUUCCCUAUCUGUGCUACAGGAAUGGCGGAGGUGCCUUCCUAGUCCCUUACCUGCUGAUGCUGUUGCUCUGUGGGAUUCCCCUGUUCUUCAUGGAAUCUUCCAUGGGCCAGUUUGGCGGUACCGGCUGUAUAACGAUGUUCCGUAUGAGCCCGUUGUUCAAAGGUGCCGGUUUCGCGAUCGUCAUAGUGAACGUCAUCUGCACGAUGUACUACAACGUCAUAAUAUCCUACCCGCUCAUGUUCCUGGUAAUGUCGUUCAAGAGUACUUUGCCCUGGGAGUCGUGUGACAAUCCCUGGAAUACCUACGGAUGCCUCAAGCUAGGCGGCGAAGUCUUCGCCGAGAAGAACGUCUCCGAUCAGAUGCAGCUGAUCGCCAAGACGAAAACUCCGGCUGAUGAGUUUUUCCACAACCACAUCCUCAAGAUAUCCGACAGCAUAGACGACAUCGGCGGCAUAGUCUGGCCUCUGUUCAUCUGCAACUUGAUAUCCUGGAUCGUCGUCUUCCUCUGCAUCUGCAACGGCGUCAAGACCGUCGGCAAGGUAGUCUACUUCACGGCGACCUUUCCAUUCCUCAUCCUCUUCGUCCUGUUCGUCAGGGGCGUCACGUUACCCGGCGCUAUGGACGGAAUCCUCUUCUACAUCAUGCCCAAGUGGGACGAACUGCUGAAUUUGAAGGUGUGGGCGGACGCCGCAAUCCAGAUCUUCUUCUCCCUCGGCCCUGGCUGGGGUGGAAUUGUAAAUAUGGCCAGUUACAACCCCUUUCGCAAUAACAAUCGACUGGACUCGAUACUGGUGCCGAUUCUCAAUUGUGGGACGAGCAUCUUUGCCGGUUUCGUGGUUUUUUCAGUGCUCGGCUUUAUGGCCUACAAAACGGGGCUUCCCGUGUCCACUGUCGCAACUGGAGGACCCGGACUGGCCUUCGUGACGUAUCCGGAAGCGAUAACGAUGCUUCCCUUUCCCCAAGUCUGGGCCGUCUUAUUUUUCUUCAUGCUUUACCUCUUAGGAAUGGAUAGUUGUUUUGUACAAAUCGAAGCCAUCAUCUCGAGUGUGACGGACGCCUACCCGCACUUGAGGAAAAGGAAGAGCCUCGUGACUUUCGUCUCGCUGAUUCUCCUGUUUUUAGGAUCACUUAUUUUCGUUACAAACGGCGGAAUGUAUAUUCUCCAAAUGUUUGACUGGUACGCGGCAUCGAUCUCCGUUAUUUCCAUCUGCCUCGUCGAAGUUAUCGUCGUCGGAUGGACCUACGGUUGCGGGAAUUUCGUUCGCGACGUCGAAUUCAUGAUCGGCGAGAAGCUGCACUGGUGGUGGCCCCUGUGCUGGAAGUACAUCACGCCCAUCAUUCUGUCGUUCAUCUUCGUAACGACGAUAAUCUUCAACACGCGGCUGACAUACAACGGAAUCGAUUACCCCGAGUGGGCCGUCGCAGUCGGCUGGUGUUCCUGCCUGGUCAGUAUGCUCUGCAUUCCCGGCUACGCGAUAGGCUACCUGAUCUUCGCCAAGGGAACACUGAGGGAAAAGCUCGAAUACGGCACGAGGCCGACGCACAAGUGGGGUCCCCAGAAGCCGGAGGAUCGUAACGCCUGGGAGAGGUUCGUUAAGAACCGAAGACUCUCCGAUCAUUCGCUCCUCAACGGCAGUGUCAAAGUCACCAAGUGCUGAUUAAUGUAUAAGUAAUACAAUAACUUUCCACUAGGAGCUAAGGUUAAUCGGUUAUGUUAAUUAUCUCUGAUAAGCGGUACAAAAAGAAUCAUGGCCUAAGCAUAAACAUUUUAUAUAAAUAAAUACAAGCAUUAUUAUAUACUGUUAAAGGAUAUGAUGAAAUACACAUGGAUUUUUUUAAAGAAA